AUGGCUGAAAGCGGCCAGCUUCCCUUCAGAUAUCUAGUGGCCAAACAUCUAACAUCCAAAUCUCUCCGCUGGCUCGCCAUCGGAGGUAACAGCGAUGCUCCAUUAGUAUCUCGCACCAACACUCUACUCCUAGAACUUACUAACUCUACCCUUCCAUCCAUCUGCCAAAGAAGAACCCCCGCCUUUCGGUAUUGGACCGAGAAAACACCAUCCGUCGAUCUGUCCUUGUCCCUUAAUAUCAAAGCCGGUCAACACUCUAGCACAGUCCUACCCCACUUCUACCAACUCCUCGACAGAAAAUACAAGACGACCACCCACAUAUACACCGACGGCUCUAAGACUAUUGAUGACAGAGUCGGUUGUGGCAUUGAUGACCCCUCCGAUAAACGAAGCAUCGCCUUACCAACCCAGUGCUCCGUUUUCAGCGCCGAAGCAUAUGCCGUAUUGAACGCCCUCCAGAAUACCCAACAAAACCAUUCAACACCUCCAACCAUCUUCUCCGACUCAGCCAGUGUGCUGAAAGCCGUAUCCAAGGGCAAUAUUAAACACCCCUGGAUUUCAUCCAUAGCUAGCGAAGCUUUAAACAAAAAAGCAACCCUAGUUUGGAUUCCUGGACACGCCGGUAUACCCGGUAACGAAUCUGCAGACCGGCUGGCCUCAAUAGGUGCCAAUCUCACCCCAUCACAAAUAUCUAUCCCCCAACAAGAUGCCUAUCGUUACACCUCCAACCAACUUUCCCUAGCCUGGGAGAGAGACUGGGCAAACAACCGGACAGCCAAACUAAGGGAAGUGAAGAACUGCCCCCGAAAAUGGAUCGACCGGCAAAACCCCAGAGAGAGAACUGCCCUAACCCGAUUACGGAUUGGCCACACCAGGCUAAGUCAGUCCUAUCUUCUUGAUAGGGACAACCCUCCCAUCUGCCCUUCGUGCAGCUGUGUUGUCUCCGUCAAACACAUCCUUGUUGACUGCUCUAUAUACGAAGAGCACAGAGCAGAGCAUCAAUUAGCUAGCAGCUUAAGGCAAAUACUUGCCAAUUGCCCCGACGAAGAGAAAAAGCUAAUAAGUUUCCUUGCAAGUACAAACCUCCUGCCCGAAAUUUAA